AUGUCCGAGCAAGACGUUCAUCCAAGCAAAUACAACAAAUUGCGAAGUAUCUGCAAAUAUUAUGUCGAUUCAUAUCUUGCAUUGUAUCAGCUAAAAACUGAAAAAGAAGAAGAAUUAAAGUCAAUUUACAAAAUGAUCAAAACAGAAUUGAUUGAUUCAAAGAAAUAUCUUCCCACAAAUGCUAUUGAAGACAUUUUAUAUAUCAUUCCAUUUAACAAUCGCUAUACAAAGUCAUAUUUAUUUCUUGCCAAACUCAUAUCUGAUGAUUACCAUAUCACAUAUGUCAACCGUGUUGAAACUAUUUCAAACUUCUUAUUUUAUAAAGAAUAUGGAAUUAAAUUAUACAAAUCUGAUGAUUUUGAAAAAGUUAACUCAGAAAAUCUGGACAUUCAUACAGAAAAUACGAUUUACAGGGCCAUUAUGUAUAAUGACCUAGAAACAUUCAUCUCAUUCACUGAACAAGAAGAAUUUGACAAAGAUCAAAGACUUGAAAGCAAAUUAUAUCCAGUCUCUUAG